CAAGGGGAGUAGGUGGAAGACAGAAUUCAAGACGUUGGAGAAGACUGAGAAACACAUUAAGCGUUCAGAAAAAGGUGAGUCGCCGAAGGACAACUUGUGGGAAAUGAAGUGCUGAAAUGAGACUGAAAGACAGUCAAGCAAUCUGGGCCAGACUCUGAGACUUUCUCCACACACCACUGCCUGCCUCCUUCAUUCACAACACAAAUGCAGGAAGGCAGAGAGGAAGCUGGGCGACAGAGAUCCGCAAGCCGCUCCGCUUAACAGUACGGCGCGACCAGGCAUGCGAGCCCCCCCAGAAGAAGGCAGGAGGUUAACCGCUGACACGGACCCCAGAGAAGAGCAACAGGGCAGAUAUCCUCAACAAAACCACCACAGAUGUCCGGGGAAGAAACGGUGAGGAAGAUUCGCAGCUCCAGCAGACUCCUGAGGGAAGGGGUCCCAGAUGCGGCGGUCCCUGCGCGGGGCCCUGGGGUCGGCCCGCGGGGGCUGCGUCCUCAGGUGGCUGGGGGUGAAGGUGUGCCGUAGGAGCGCACUGGUUGUCGUUCUGGUCUGGCUGGUCUCCUGGCUGUUCCUCAACAGCCUGGUGUUCGUUCACAGAAAUAUGUUCUCUGACUUCUGCACCGACGACAAGAGCAAACAGAUUCUGCAGAGGGUGUGUAAUGACUAUCAUCAGGGAGUGCUGACUGGCGACCUCUGCGAAGACCUCUGCGUGGCCGGUCAAGUGGAAUACAAACGCUGCCUUUAUUACGAGAACGGCAAGAAGGUCAUGGCCGCCAACUGGCGUGGGGUGCCUGUCGUGCUCAAAUCCAAGCUGGAAAAUUUCUCCUCCUACGAGGCGUUAGCUCUGCUUGAUUAUCAGGACGCUGCAGGAGGAGCGGGUGGCGAGGAAGAGCUCUCGCCCCUGGAUGUCAUCUUCUACGCCACCCUGGAGAUCAAGAACUCACUCGGCCUGGAGACGGGAACUAACCUGACACUGCCCCGGUUGUGGGGCCAGAGGCUGAAGGAGAAAGAGCGGACUUAUUCGCGAGCUGAGCUGGCCUCGCUCUGGGCUCUCCUUCAACAAGAGGAGUAUACUUUCCUCCGGGUACUGCAAGAUUUAACCCAUCACGUGGCCAAGAUUCUGGGCUCCUGCGGUCACUUUUACGCAGUGGAGUUCUUGGCUGCUGGACACGCGUGGGACCAACAUAUCUUUUCUUUGGAGGAGCUUUCACUCAACCCUUCACCGAGCCCAUGGAGCGGAAGGGAGAGGAGGCUAACAGCAAGAGAUAUGGUGCCCCGGGUGGCCUUGAGCUUUUUAGAGAUGGUGGAGCAUUUUGAGAACGACUUUGCCCAUCGCUUACAUCUCUGUGAUAUCAAACCAGAGAACUUUGCUAUCAGGAAGGACCUGACGGUGGUAGCAAUAGAUGUGGACAUGGCUUUUUUUGAGCCUAAAAUGAGAGACAUACUUGAGCAGAACUGCACCAGUGACAACGACUGCAACUUCUUCGACUGUGUCUCCAAGUGUGACAAGAGUAAAAACAGAUGUGGCUCGAAACGCAAAAACAGCAACCUUCAGGUGAUCUGUGAGAAGAUCUUCAGGUCUUGGUUUUCUCCCACGCUCCUCGGUGAGAAAGCAGGGCUCCCCCUGCAGGUGGAGCUACAGAGAGCCGUGCAAGAAUGCGGAGAAAUGGAAAGCGGGGAGGACACGGGCCGCAGGCGGGCGGUGAGACAGCAGCUACGAGGACUCCUCAUGGAGCUCAUUGAGGAGGACGCAGGAAGCCAAGAAGUCCAGGAACGCAAGAGAUGCGUCCACACCGCACUUAACUUUUGAACAAACGUGGCACAUAAAUAGCUAUUAAAGGACGAUUCAUGUGCAAUGCUGGAGAAAUUUCAGAUUGUGAACUAGAUUGUAGACUUUUAAAACAUUGCUUUAUCUUUAGCAUCAGAGGUUAUUAUCACUUAUAUUAAGGGUGCAGAUAUGCUUCUUAUCAUAGGCUCUCACGGAUCAUCUCAGAUAAUGUUUCUCAUGUUUAUUUGCUGGAGAGAAAUUGUCUCCCUUUGAAUUUCUACAAGCGUUUCAAUAAACCAAGGCUUAGUCAUGA